AUGUCGCGGGAAAUUGUAAACAUUCAAGCUGGGCAGGCAGGAAACCAAGUUGGAGAGGCCUUUUGGAGGAUGCUCUUAGCGGAGCAUGGCCUCGACGAUGCUGGGAUGUACAAAGGCAAUGAUCCUCAACAGAUUGCACGAGCAGGCGUAUACUUUACACAAGUGGACUCUAGCGGACCUACCAAGUACGUUCCGCGAAGUGUUCAGGUGGAUCUCGAAUCCGGGGUCUGCAAUCGCCUUCGUUCGGGGCCGCUGGGUCAGCUAUUUCGUCCAGAUACGUACUUCACUAGCGACUCAGGGGCUGGAAAUAACUGGGCGAAAGGAUAUUACACCGAAGGGGCCGAAUUGAUUGACGGCAUCUUGGAUAUUGUUCGAAGACAGUGCGAGGCUACAGAGGCAUUGCAAGGAUUCCAGAUGAUCCACUCACUCGGAGGUGGUACUGGCGCUGGUCUGGGUUCUUUGCUUCUGUCCAAGCUGCGGGAGGAAUAUCCUGAUCGAAUGCUUUCUACGUUCUCGAUUCUGCCUGCACCCAAUGUCUCUGAGACUGUUGUUGAACCAUAUAAUUCUCUUCUUUCUAUACAUCAACUGGUCGAUAAUUGCGAUCUUACUAUUUGUAUCGACAACGAGGCCUUGUAUGACAUAGCCGUCCGCACUCUUAAAAUCAAAAGUCCUGGAUACAAAGAUCUGAACCAACUCAUAGCCAAGGUCAUGUGUGGUGUCAGCACGAGUCUAAGGUUUCCUGGUCAGCUCAACGGUGACCUUCGAAAGCUUGGGAUGAACCUUGUUCCCUUCCCUCGGCUACAUUUUCUGAUGCCGAGUUUCGCUCCAUUCUACGAUCCAAAAGCUCGAACUUUCCAGAGACUCUCUGUAUCAGAACUCACCUCAUCGCUGUUUGACAAAAAGAAUCUCCUGGUUGCUUCGGAUCCUCGAUUUGGUCGAUACCUGACUGCUGCUUGCAUCUUCCGAGGCAAGGUGUCAUCACAUGAGGCAGAGAACUCUGUUAUGCAACUGCAACGCAAGAAUUCGAAUCUAUUUGUGGAGUGGAUCCCGGAUAACGUUUCCGUUUCGCUUUGCUCUGUGCCCCCCGUGGGUCAACCUCAGGCAGCGGUAGCCCUUGCAAAUUCAACGUGUAUGCAGGAACUCUUCAAGCGUAACCUUGACCAGUUUGCUCUUAUGUUCAAGCGCCGCGCAUUCUUGCACUGGUACACUGGGGAGGGCAUGGAUGUGAUGGAGUUCACAGAGGCGGAGAGCAACACUCAGGAUCUGAUAUCAGAGUAUCAACAGUAUCAGGAAGCUACAGUAGAAGAGGAAGAAGCUGACAUCGAGGGCGAGCAAUAA